AUGUUGAUAAAUGAGGCCCCAGGGGGGUUAAGAUUGGUUAAUGGCUCUGAUUCCUGCUGUGGAAGAGUGGAGAUCAUUCACAAUGGCCAGUGGGGAACUGUGUGUGAUGACAACUGGAACAUAACAGAUGCUGAUGUUGUGUGCAAAGAAUUAAACUGUGGCAGAGCCAUCAGCGCCCCUCACAGCGCAGCAUUUGGCCAGGGAAGUGGAAUGAGUUGGGGAAAUGAUUUUGGAUGUGUUGGAAAUGAGAACACCCUUAUGAAGUGCUUAGAAGACAGAGAACGUAGCUGUGAUCAUAAUCAAGAUGCUGGUGUUGUGUGUACAGGUGAUCUGCAGAGGCCCACCCUUUCGAUUAUCUCUCAUUCAAUUGUGUCUCCUGGAGAAAACAUUCAGUUCUGAUGCACAACACCUAAUCCUAAAUGUCAGGAAAAUGCUGAAUUCCACCUGUUCAAAAACAGAUCAUCCACAAUAUCCUCUCAAACAAGUGUAUCUAGUGUGACUUUCAGUCUGACUGUAGACGUCUCACAUCAGGAUCAGUACA